AUGGCUAUAUGUUUAGCAAUUAUCGACAAAGGUAGCACUCCAUUGUACGUAAAUGUUUGUGAAAAGGAACGAUCUCAAGAAUUUGAUAUUCAUAUGUUUCUAUACUGUUCGUUGGAUAUUGUCGAUGAGAAAAUUGAUGGUGCUAGUCGUUCUCCUGAGCUUUUUCUUGGCCCACUUAUAUCUGAUCAAAAAUACAAGUCAUUUGGUUAUAUUACAAAUACUAAACUGAAAAUGCUUGUGGUCUCUGAGAUUGGAAAUACAUCACUGAAAGAUCAAGAUGUGCGAGCUGUAAGUGAUUUAUAA